AUGGGCAGCAACUCGUCCAAAGCCGAGAGGCUGGGUAGUCAGGGCGAGUGCGGAGCGCGGCUGUUUCUCAAGUCUGGGAAGCUUAGAGAAAUCAGCAUGGCGGUUCGCCUUCUGGGACAGGCAGUCGAUGCGACGCCGCACGACCACCCAGACCGCGCCAUGGUUCUCAUGCGCAGAGGGUAUUGGAGCGGCUUCUUGUACGAACGAACCGGCUCGGCUGAGGUGUUUGCAGACUCACUCAAGGCCUACGAGGAGUCGUUUGCAUUGGCACCGCCGGGACAUCGUGACCGACCCAUCAUGUUGGUCACGUUUGGAGAUCUCCUCAUGAAACGGUAUCAAAGGGAGAAGACGGCGGAGGAUCUGGAGAGGGCAGCCAAGGCAUACAACGAGGCCGUCACCAUCACAUCAUCAGGCCAGCCGUUUCGAAUGACCAGUAUGCUCACGUUCUGCGAAUUCCUUACCAUCAGGUUUAGGGAAUCCCAGAAUGCAGAAGACAUCAACAGGGCCAUUGAAUACUGUCUACAAGCCGGGCUGGAAGCAGGGCCGACAGAGAUGCCGGAGUGGGGGUUUAUCUAUCUCAGCGCCUGCCACCUGGCCAAGUACGAGGCAACCAAGGAAACCGAGGAUCUCGAACAGGCCUUUGCCUCUACGCAUGGGGGCUUCCAAGACGAGCCUGAAGACUUGGAUGGCCUCGACGCCCUUACCCGAUGCUGGGCCGCAAAAGCCCGGCAGACUCAAUCCCUAGAUGACAUUAGCCAGGCAGUGGACAUGUCAAUGAAGGCGGCCCAGAAGGCGCAGUCUAUUCAGCUGCAGUGGGAAGAGCGUUUAUGCACUAUGAGCGACAUGGGCGACUUGAGAUACUACGUGUCGAAAGACCUGGCGCAUCUUGACGAGUGCAUCGUAGCACGCGAGGAACUCGUCAAGCUCUUGUGUCCUGCAGACCCUGCCCGGACACGCUCUCUUCACCUACUCUGCGACUUUUGCUUCAGGAAGUAUCGUGCUGAAAACGACGUCAAGAUAUUGAAACAGGCCAUCUCGGCAGGCGAGGAAGCCAUGUCGGCCAUGCGGCCUUGGCCCGACCAUCCGGACAAGGCGGUCCUGCUCGACCUACUGUGCUCCUGCUACGCUGCUAGGUUUGCCGAGAUGGGUUCUCAUAAGGAUCUUGAAAAGGCCAUCUCCACCGGUGAAGAUGCUCUCAAGAGGCUGUCGCCGGAAGAUGGGCUUAAGGGGGAAACAACGAACAAGGUUAGAUCCUUGAAAGUGGAUGGGUUCUAUGAAGAGCCCGAAAAUGUCAUGCAAUGCCCCAGACCAACACUUACCCACUACCGCCGUUCGUAUUUUAUUUUCUAA